UUGUUAGGUUCCUCGAGGACACCGGCAUGGACCCCUCAUGGUUUUCGGUUUUCCCAGAGUAAAAAAAUGUGGGGAAUUUAGAAAGAGGGCGUGAAAGUUGGUUGGCCACUUCCACAUGCCUCUGCCCAGAUUCUGCAGCUGUUGUCCCCCCCUGAUCUGAUCUUAUCUUCUCAGUUUGCUGAAUGUGACCAGGAUUUGUUCGCAUAUCUCCUUGGCAGGCUGGGCGUGAUGCCUCAUCGUGGCGCUCUUGUUUGUGCGGGAGCCCAGGGACACGCGGCGCGCCUUUGUUGGCUGCCUGAAGAAGGGCGCAUUUCACAUUUGGAAUUUGGUACUGUGAACACCAAGUGCGUCUUGAAGUCGAACAACGGGAGAGUCGGAUGCAAAUUUACGUAAGCUAGCUAGGGCGCAAUCUUGCAAGUGUGGGGAUCCGAUCGGACCAUCUGGUUCCCGCUCGCCAUGUCGUCUUCAGAGCAAAAGCAGGAUCCAUGGAGCCGAUCGCAGCAGCAGUCGCAGGUCACCUACAAAAAUCACCAGUGCUGGUGACGUCGCCGAUUCUCCUAGAAAGGGCACGUGGUGGUGAUGGUGUGGCAUCUGGCACCAUUGUGUUCCUACAGUACUAGUAUCAAGGGGUGUCGGAGGGGCACCGCGAGGAAGUCGCCCUAGCCUGAUGAGCUGCGGGAAGCUGGACACCCGUCGCGCGAUCCAGCUACGAGCCACGGGCUGGUUCAGUGAACGAACACAAAACAGCCAACAACAACGCGGACACCACAAAGAUUCAGCGAGUGUGAACAAGAUGUCAGGGGACACAUGGCACGAGCAGCGUUUCCGGGGACACGGCCGCAGGUCGGGCGGGCCAACAGAACCGGCCUGCCGCCGGCGACAGACCCUCGUGUCCGCAUGUGUUUCCCAACGUGGCUUCAAGUCCCGUCGACGCGGACAUCCAUAUGCUCGUGUCCUGCCGUCCCCUUUUCCGUCUCACCGUUCCGUUGCUUUCGAUCCACCCCCUUAUUUAUUUUAAGGCGCUCGAGCCAGAAAACCAAUUGCGCGCAGCCUAAUCCGAACACUAAUUAUGUGCUUUUCGCCUAAAGAAUUCCAGGUGCUCGAACACUAAGUUUUGUUGGUUGUUUUCUCGUCCAGAAUAAUGCCGGUGCUUUUUCUGCGGGGGUCAAUGGGGGUGGCUGCUAAGAAUCUGUGCUUCGGAUCGUGCCGCGCUAAUCCUUAUCCAGCCCUGGACUCGUUCAAGCCCUGUGGACUGUCCGUGGUGGACAAGCUCGAAAAUCUUCCGGAGUUGUUCCCGGCAUGCGUGGUCCACCCGCCUCACUCCGGAGCAAAAUUGGUUGAUGACCAUCUGCUGGAACUUUAGACUAGUUGUUGGUCCCUUUUUUUCUCUCAUUCUCUUUGCUCGAACCGUUCAAACACGCUUGGUGCCGAGCUCGACGACCGGUACGACUCUUCCGGCUGGCUCCCUCCGUUGUGCGCCCGGACGGCGACCCAAGCCAGGCAGGUGGGUUCGUGUCCGGUGCGUUCGUUCACACGCCGAAACGCGUCGACGACCUGCUGAACCGGCCGUGUUCUGACCGAGCGCAGCUCGUGCGUGGAACGUGGAACGCUACCUCCACCCCGUUUCUAUCCAUCCAUCCGUCACCAUCCAACAGGAAGAAUGCUCGUCCGGAGGCCCGCCUGACGGAGGCCAUCACCCAAAAGGCAUCCCGCCGAUGCGCGAGCAGAUAAGGGUGCGGGUGCCCCCCGGAAACGGAUGAUGGGAAUGGGAUGCGAUCCCCGGCCGCAUCGCGCGGGGAUCCGGCGACAGCGACCGGCCACGAUACGGUGCGAUCGCCUCGCCGGCCGCCCGGCCGCGCGGCGCCCCAGAAAAAUCAUGUGCGCUGCCAGUGUUCUCGGGUCGGGUGGACCACGCGUGGACUGCCUGCUGCCUCUGUCUCCGGCUCUGCUCGCUCCGCGCCAGGCGCCGCGGGAACGUGGCCGGCGGGGGCGCAUGUGAACCCCGCGAUCUCGUCCGCGGAUACGCGCCCGCGUCGCCGUCGCGUCGCUCGGUCCGGACGAUUUUCUUUCCCCCACCCCGGCGCUCCCCCACCGCCUGCCUGCUCGCCGCGCCCGCCCUGCCCUGCCUGCCGGUUUGGAUGGAUGCCGUGCCGGGCGGGCGGCCUUGGGCCGGGAGACCUGCCGCUUCACGCGCGCGGGCGGCGGCGUCCCUUGGCGCGCCGGAUCGGUCUCUCUCUCUCAUCUGGCUGCCCGAUGAAGAAGCUGGAUCGUCGUGUCGUGAGCCAGAGGGCCGGCGGCCUGGGGGGAGAAGAAAAAUCCAGAGCUGUCUGCUGGGGCGAGUUUACUAUCAGGUUGGGAGAUUGCAGAGAUCCGACCCAGGCCCGGUGUACGGAGCAGCACCUUGUACUUGUUCGGCCAUCAGCAGCUGCAGCUGCAGCUCCGGAUUGGACGACCUGUAAAAUCUCGCUCGAGCUCUCGCUUUCAGCCAGCGCUAGUAGUGUUUGUCGUGGGAGCCGCCUCGACGGUAGCGGGCCGGCACUUUGGAACGAACGAAACGAAAGGGGACAGGAAAGAUGGCGAGAAAAGGCGCGUAGGCCCGGCCGACAGAUGGAUGGAUGCCGAGGUAUAUCCGCCUCUCUGCGUAUGAAUAUGCGUGCUACUACGUGUGCCUCUCUGGUACACACUAGCGAGCGCCCAUGCGCCGUGCGUGUCCUGUGGACGAGUGAAUCAGCCGUCUCCCUGGAGAAGAACCUGCUCGAUCGCAGCCCGACCCCCGAGCCUCGCCGGGUACGUGGCACACCAAGUAAUACGAUGACGCAUACUACGAGUACGUGGUAG